AUGGAUCUCAUCUUUGUGCUGAUUGUCUUCCUGGGCAUGUUCAAGUGCAUGACAAUGCAGCCAGUGGUGGGAGCGGAGCGCACCGUCUGCUACCGCGAGCGCAGCUCAUCGUACUCGCCAGCCGCCUACGCAGUGGCCAGCAGAGUGGUGGAGCUGCCGUACCUUCUGGUGCAGGCCUCGCUCAUGGUAACCAUCACCUACUGGGAGCUGGCAGCAAGUCGGAAGAUGGAAGGGUCAGGCAGCCAGAUGGCUGGCUUUGAACUGGUGGCUUGGAAGUUUUUCUACUUCCUUCUCUUGUACUUCUUCUCACUCACCAUGGUGGACCCAUACUGA